UGGAGGAGAAUUAACGUCAACAUGUAUUUUAAAGAGAAUCCUUGGAUAAUCCUGGUGGCGUGUUCCGGUUCGUUUGCUGCGUUAUAUUCCGGAGUAAAUAUUGGUUGGACGUCUCCAUAUUUACCUUACUUGGUAGAUCCUGAAAAAUCACAUAUACCUACCACAACAAAUGAAGGAUUAUGGUGUGCUGUAAUGCCUUUAAUCGGAGGUCCGUUUGGUGCUUUUGUUGCUGCUUUAAUCGUUGAUAAAAUUGGAAGAAAGUCUAUUUUGUUAGCGUUAUCACCAAUAGUGGCUGUGUGUUUCUGUGUUAUAGCGUUUGCAAAAACGAUAUUAGUUAUAAGUUUAGCGAGAUUAGUUAUUGGUGUAACAGAAGGAGCGUUAUACACGGUACUACCAAUAUACUUGGGUGAAGUAGCGGAUCCAGCAACUAGAGGUCUUAUCUGUGCUUCGUUUCCAGUUACAGCAGCUCUAGGGACUAUCUUCAUUAAUGUGAUUGGACCUGUUUUAUCUAUACAGGAAAGCUCUCUGAUAUGCAUAGCUAUACCUCUAAUACAUUUUAUAACAUUUAUGUGGAUGCCGAAGAGUCCUUAUUACGAGAUCAAAAGGAAUAAUUUUGAGAGUGCGAAGAAAAACUUGAAACGGUUGAGAGGUAGAACUGACGUUGAUAAAGAAUUCGAGGAGAUUAGCGCAGCAGUAGCUCGACAGGAAUCUGCUUCAGAUACGCGUUUCAAGGAUAUACUAGCUGUGCCCAGCAACCGAAAAGGCCUCGUAAUUUAUUUCAUAUUAUCAUGCACCAACAAGUUCAGUGGGAAGAAUCCUAUGAUGUUCUACACAACAAUUAUUUUUAAUGAAGCCGAUGGUUUUCUAAGUCCAACAACUUCAGUAAUUAUAUUCUACAUAAUGGGACUAGUCGCUACCGUGAUUGCUCUGCUUGUCAUCGACAAAUUUGGCAGAAGACCUUUACUUUUAUUCUCCGCCGUCGGAUGUGCUUUCGCUUUGGCCUCACAAGCGUUUUACUUUACUGCCCAAACGUACAUUCCUUCGAUCGUGACCCAAAUUACCUGGCUUCCUCUGGUGUCCUUAAUUGGGUACAAUAUGAUCUUCAGUAUUGGUCUAUCCUUCGGACCGGUGCUGCUUCUUUCAGAACUAUUCCCGACGACAGUGAAAGCCAAAGCUCUGUGUGUCGCGGAUAGUGUUAGUGCCUUAUUGGGCUUAACGUCAUCUAAAUUCUUCCAGGAAACCAGCGACGCCUAUGGUAUGCUCGUACCAUUUUGGACGUUCUCUCUAUGCGCUGGAAUUGGGUCUAUACUAAUUUACAAGUAUGUUAUUGAAACGAAAGGGAAAACGCUGGAACAAAUACAAUUGGAAUUAAUCGGCAUGUCAGACAAAACUCAUUAAAAUAUUAUGGACAUUAUCGCAUGUAAAGCAACGACAAAUUUAAUUGACGAUCGUUUGAUGUGAUAAUUAUUUAAUAAAUAUUAAUGUUACGCAAUGAAUUAUUCUAAUUGCUUUCCAUACAGGUAAUGUCCGCGGCUUUAGAAUAUAGUUCACUUUUAUGUAAUUGCAUGAAAAAAUAUAGGCAGACAUGUAAAUAUUUACGUAAUAAAUUACGGUAUUAUACACAUGUUAAUCGCUGCAUUAAACACUAUUU